AUGGUAUGUUCUCGCCUCUUUUCUCUCUCGAUCCCCAUCCCCCACCCGAAGCCGAACCGCUUCUCUCAUCUAACCAACGGGCAGGGCUCCAUCACGCUCGAGCUCUACACCGAGCACGCGCCCAAGACGUGCGCCAACUUUGCCACGCUCGCCCGGCGGGGCUACUACGACCGCACCGUCUUCCACCGCAUCAUCCCCAACUUCAUGUUGCAGGGCGGCGACCCGACCGGGACCGGCCGCGGCGGGUCGUCCAUCUACGGGGACAAGUUCGCCGACGAGAUCGGCCCGGGGCUCAAGCACACGGGGGCCGGCAUCCUCAGCAUGGCCAACGCGGGGCCCGACACCAACGGGUCGCAGUUCUUCGUCACGCUCGCGCCCGCGCCAUGGCUCGACGGCAAGCACACCAUCUUUGGGCGCGUCACGCGCGGCAUGGCCACGGUCAGGCGCAUGGGCCUCGUGCCGACGGGGGCGGAGGACCGGCCGUUGGAGGAUGUGAGGAUCGUGACGGCCAGGGUGGUGGAGGGUUCGGAAGAGCCAGUGUAA